CCAGCGUAGAAGAAGACGAUUUCCUCCGUCUCGUCACCAAUCACACGCAGCGACUGUUGCUAACCAGAGAUCUACAGAAAGGAUGUCCUGUAAUACCAGUGUUACUCGUGUUUGUGUGUCAUCGGUGGGCCAGGCACAGCGAGCUCCAGUCCACCUGAUGCCCUGUGAGAUUGAACACAAUGGGCCCGCCCAGGUCUCACAAUACUUCACUGCCACCACAAAAGACCGUAAAUAUGAGAAGACAGUGUCAUUCAGAGGCCGCGGGCUGAAGGGGCAGGAGCUCAGCUGUCCACAGGACUACACUGGCCUCGUGCUCAAAGAGAUCAACAAGUCUGGCUCCGACCAAGAGGACAGGACAGUGAGGGUAUCCUCUGUGUUUGACAAGCUGACUUACUGGAACCUUGAGACUCCUCCGAACUCUGACGACGCUGUUGUGAUGGCGAUGGAUUGGCCAGAGCUGGCUGAAGCGAUCCAUGGGCCAGUAGAAGACUGAAGAGACACAAAACUUCCUGCUAAAAGAAGGCAGGCUGAAGUCACCUGAACAUGUUAGGAUGAAAUGUACUGUUUGCUGGUUACUGGUCACAAAGAUAACUUCAGAUAUGCUAACCUGUUUAAAACUACUGUUUCAUAGCAAUAGGUAACAAGUGAAAUGUUUAUAUUUUUGUAUAUGUUCUUUUGUAGUGAAGUAAAGAAAAAUAAAAGAUAAUGUUGA